ACUGGUUUCCUCUUGGAGUCUGGGAGGCGCAGAGCGGAGCGGGCAGGGAGCUGACCCUGAGCGGCGAAGCCAGUGGCGAGGGCAGGGGGGCACCUGGCUUGGGAGAAGUGCUUGGAAUAAGGGCUGGGCCGGCUGGAGGGUCCGGACUAGCGAGUGAUCGAUCCCAAGAAAGCCACCAAGAGAGAGAGCGUCUGGGGGCGCUGGGGAGCCGGGUGGGGCCCACAGACUACAAGACGACCCUGGAGUUCGGGUUCCCAGUGCCAGCAUCAUGAGACGGCUCGUCGCCCUGCUGCUCCUGGGCCUGGCGACUGGCUCGCCCCCCCCACUGGACGACAACAAGAUCCCCAGCAUGUGUCCAGGGCAACCUGGCCUUCCUGGGACACCAGGCCACCAUGGCAGCCAGGGUCUGCCAGGUCGUGACGGCCGCGAUGGCCGAGACGGCCCACCCGGAUCUCCAGGCGAGCGAGGCGAGGCCGGGAAGCCUGGACUGCCGGGGCCGCGUGGGGAGCCCGGGCCGCGGGGAGAGGCGGGCCCCGUGGGAGCUGCGGGGCCUGCGGGCGAGUGCUCCGUGCCCCCGCGCUCCGCCUUCAGUGCCAAGCGUUCCGAGAGCCGGGUGCCUCCGCUCGCCGACGCGCCCCUACCCUUUGAUCGAGUGCUGUUGAACGAGCAGGGACAUUACGAUGCCACCACUGGCAAGUUCACCUGCCAGGUGCCUGGCGUCUACUACUUCGCUGUGCAUGCCACGGUCUACCGGGCCAGUUUGCAGUUCGAUCUGGUCAAAAACGGAGAGUCCAUCGCCUCUUUCUUCCAAUUUUUCGGGGGGUGGCCCAAGCCAGCCUCACUCUCGGGGGGCGCCAUGGUAAGGCUGGAACCAGAGGACCAGGUGUGGGUGCAGCUGGGCGUGGGGGAUUACAUUGGCAUCUAUGCCAGUGUCAAGACAGACAGCACCUUCUCUGGAUUUCUGGUCUAUUCCGACUGGCACAGCUCCCCAGUCUUCGCUUAGUGCCCACUGGACUACCGAGAGCGGGCUUUUGCUCCUAGAGGUGGAUGUAACACUGAUACCACACACCCGGAGGGCUGGUCCCCCCUGAUAAUUGUGAAUGAGAAACAGGGAAUGGACUGUUUGAGGUCAGGGCGGGCAGCAUGGGGGCAGCGGCUGGAUUUCUACCCAAGACUAAAUAAGGCACUGUGCUGCUCUGACAAGCGUGGGUCUCCAGGGAGCCUUGGCCAGGGAUUCGCCAAGGUGAAAUGGAUGUUUCCUUCCUAGUCCUCUGCCCCUCAGGGUCCUCAACUCCAUCUUUCCUGCUCCCAGGGCAGACCCUUUUCUCGAGGUCACUCAAUAAACUUCAAAAA